CAAGUAUCCUGCUUAUUCUCUGUUCCAAGACAGAUGCCUCAGGUUGUUCGGCCUGUAAAAAUUGCACCUGGACACAGUCCUCUUGGCAGCUGGAAUUUCCCACGCUGGAUGGUAUAGCGCCCGCGGCAAGCCCCCCGAGAGGAAACAUGGCCCACUAGCGUUUCCCAGGACAGGGCAAGGUUUCAGGAUGGCAGCCCAGAGGAUUCGUGCUGCCAACUCCAGUGGCCUCCCGCGCUGCAAGUCCGAGGGGACGCUGAUCGACCUCGGCGAAGGGUUUUCGGAAACCAGCUUUAGUGACGUCAAAGUGCCUUCUCCUAGUGCCUUGCUGGUAGACAAUCCCACGCCUUUUGGAAAUGCAAAGGAAGUUGUAGCAAUCAAGGACUAUUGCCCAACUAACUUCACAACCUUAAAGUUCUCCAAGGGUGACCACCUCUACGUCUUGGAUACCUCGGGAGGCGAGUGGUGGUAUGCUCAUAAUACCACGGAAAUGGGUUACAUACCUUCCUCCUACGUCCAGCCUGUAAACUACCGCAACUCUUCCUUCACUGACAGUGGCAUGAUAGACAAUCUGCUCGAAAGCCCUGACGAAGGAGUCCGAGAGCUAGAUCUGCUUGGAGAGUGGACUGAUGUAAAGAGAAACUCUGCCAACACCCACAGUAACAACCCUUUCUUAAAUGGGGUCCAAACCAAUCCGUUUCUGAAUGGGAACUUGCAAAUGAUGCCCAGCUCAGACAAAGAGUGCACCCCCAAAACCACUGUGGACUUACUGCUGUUUGACACGGCAGCUCCUCCGUUUACAGGGGCCGGUUCUGCAAUGAACAGCAGCAUAAGUAACAUAUUUGUUGAACUUCCAUCCACAAAUGGAUUGGAGUUCGAACAGCCUGUGAGGCGGGACAAUCCCUUCUUCAGAAGUAAACGCUCGUACAGUUUGUCGGAGCUGUCUGUCCUUCAGGCAAAAUCAGAAAUGCCAGCAUCAUCAGGGUUUUUUACUGGAUUAAAAUCGCCUACCCCAGAGCAGUUCCAGAGCAGGGAAGAUUUUAGAACUGCCUGGCUGAACCACAGGAAGCUGGCACGGUCGUGCCACGACUUGGACUUGCUUGGCCAGAAUCCUGGCUGGGGUCAGACACAACCUGUGGAGACCAACAUCGUCUGCAAGCUGGAUAGUUCUGGUGGAGCAGUUCAGCUCCCAGAUACUAACAUCAGCAUCCAUGUGCCAGAAGGACACGUCUCGCUGGGGGAAACACAGCAGAUCUCCAUGAAAGCCCUGUUAGACCCACCCCUGGAGCUCAACAGUGACAAAUGCAGCACCAUAAGCCCAGUGCUGGAGAUUAAACUGAGCAACAUGGAGGUAAAAACGUUCAUCAUGUUGGAGAUGAAAGUGUCGGCGGAGGUCAAGAAUGACAUCGUGAGUCAGAGCUUGGUGGGAUUACAGUGCCUGCGUAGUGACACAAAAGAAGGACCCUAUACACCAAUGCAACUCAGCUAUUCCUAUGGAGACACGAUACAGGUGCAAUUGGAUAACCUGGAACCUUGUAUGUAUGUAGCUGUUGUAGCCCAAGGACAGAAUGUCAUAUAUCCUUACACUGUCUGGGACUACAUCAGUAAAAAGAUCACAGUGGGUGUCUAUGGCCCCAAACACAUACAUCCUUCUUUUAAAACCAUAGUGGCUAUUUUUGGACACGAAUGUGCGCCAAAGACUCUCUUAGUGACCGAGGUUACACGGCAAAUCCACGGCGUGGCGCCCGUGGCCCUGCAGCUGUGGGGCAAGCACCAGUUUGCUCUGGCCCAGCCGCAGGACCUGAAACUCUGCAUGUUUUCCAACAUGACUAAUUAUGAAGUGAAGGCCAGCGAACAAGCCAAAAUCAUCAGAGGCUUCCAGAUGAAGCUGGGGAAAGUCAGCCGCCUCAUCUUCCCAAUCAUGUCCCAUGACUUCAAUGAGCUCUCAGACUUCACGUUGAGGAUACAGGUCAAGGAUGACAAGGACGCCAUAUUGACCCAGUUCUGUGUGCAAACACCACAACCACCUCCUAAAAGUGCCAUCAAGUCCACUGGGCAGAGAAGGUUCCUCAAGAAGAAUGAGGUUGGGAAGAUCAUUCUGUCCUCCCUGGCUGCCAGUAGCAAAUAUCCUGUCUUUCAGGAGCGGCCAGUUGCGAGCCUGAAGUAUGGCAAACUGCUUAAAACUGUAGUGCGCCAAAACAAGAACCAUUAUUUACUGGAAUAUAAGAAAGGAGAUGUCAUAGCGCUGCUCAGUGAAGAGAAGAUCAAACUGAAAGGCCAGCUGUGGACCAAGGAAUGGUACAUUGGCUACUACCAAGGAAAAAUCGGCCUUGUUCACGCCAAAAAUGUGCUAGUGGUUGGGAAAGUCAAGCCCAGCUAUUUUUCUGGACCUGAUCUCACCACCAGUGCAUUGCUUGAGCAAAUCCUGAGGCCUUGCAAAUUUCUGACCUACAUCUAUGCCUCAGUCAGGACUCUGCUUAUGGAGAACAUCAGCAGCUGGCGCUCGUUCGCAGAUGCCUUGGGAUACAUGAACUUGCCGCUCACUUUCUUCUGUCGAGCAGAACUAGACAGCGAGUCGGAACGGGUAGCCUCGGUGCUGGAGAAGCUGAAAGAAGACUGCAAUAAUACUGAGAACAAGGAGAGGAAAUCUUUCCAGAAAGAGCUAAUGGCGGCCUUGCUGAAAAUGGACUGCCAGGGGCUGGUCGUGAGGCUCAUUCAGGACUUUGUGCUCCUGACCACAGCCGUGGAAGUGGCUCAGCGCUGGAGGGAGCUGGCAGAGAAGCUAGCCAAGGUCUCCAAACAACAGAUGGACUCCUACGAAGCCCCCCACCGAGACAGGAAUGGAGCGGUAGACAGUGAGGCCAUGUGGAAACCAGCCUACGACUUUCUGCUAACCUGGAGCAAUCAGAUUGGAGAUAGCUACCGAGAUGUCAUCCAGGAGCUGCACAUAGGGCUGGAUAAGAUGAAGAACCCCAUCACCAAGCGCUGGAAACAUCUAACAGGAACCCUGAUCCUAGUCAAUUCCUUGGACAUACUCCGUGCAGCCGCCUUUAGCCCUCCAGACCAUGAAGAUUUUGCUAUCUGAUGGCGGGGACUCCUGACGUGUGUAACUCUUCCUGGUUUUAGCAGAGGAUAAAAAACAGGCAGGAGCUGACAAAAGGCCAAAGUUUGAACGUUUGCUCUGGGACUGGAAUUGCACAGUGAAGCGGGACUUCUUUUGAGUGUUCUCCCUCAUGUAGAAAGAGUCCAGAAGAGCUGGGUUUUCUCUGCUGAGGGGUUGAUACCAGUUACACAACUUUCUAUUUGUAAAGUUUAACAGUGGGUGGGGGAGAACCCAACACAUUUUUUUUAAGACAUUUGCAAAUAAAUAUCUAAUUUUUUAAUGAGCAGCAAAAGUUGAAACCACUUUGAUGGGAGAGUUGUUGCAUUUUUAUGUUGUGUAGGAACUUUUUUAAAUGAUGACUUCUGAAAUUGACCAUGAAUCAUGUAAAUAUGUAUUUAAAACAAAGCACAUUGUGAAUCUCUCCUUUCCAUUCCCUCAACCCCCCCCACCCCACCACCACCCUCACCCCUUACGAGGUUUUCUAUAGUGUGAGACUCUGGAAUCACUGUUUUAUAUUCACCAUUGCAGUAACUCUGAACCUCAUACAGCCCUGAGAAGAUGUUACAAAGAAAAGCAGUUGUACUUUUUUCCCAGUAGCUCUCCAUGAUCUGGUUUUUUUAUAUAUAUACUUUUUCUAAUGUCUAGAUCUGGAAAUACACAAUACCUAGUUUUCAAAUGUACCACUUAAGUUCUUAACUUGAAGAGUCAGUGCUGCCUUUAGCACUCAGGCAUCCCUCCUGCCUGCUGCUACAAUGAGCAUUCUGGAAGGAGCUGAAAAGAUUUCUGGUUCAGUGGCGUUCCCUCCCCUUCUUCUUCCGCCUUUUGCUUUUUUAGGGACAUUAACUACAAAGGUGCCAGUCUGCUUGAAGGUAACUUUUCUCUCUACUGACUGCUCUGUACUGCAAUAAGAGCAUCUUGGUGAUCUCUGCUGGGGACCUGCAUGCUCCAGAAGCGGUCAGGAGAGAAGAGCUGUAUUAGACAUCAUUUAAAAAAAUGUCUUUACUAAGUUAGGAUCUGAUCCAAAGUUCAUUGGAGUCUGGGAGUUAUUACGUUGACUUAGGUGCCAUUUCAGUCAGCCCCUUAAAGUUUAGGGUCUGAUCCAAAGCCUAUUCAAGUUGGUGGUGAGACUGCCAGUGACUUCCCUGAGCUUUGGAUCAGGCCCCUCAAGGCUACUGAGCUCCAGUCUGCCAUGUAAAUAAUCCUCGGUCAGAGAAAUGGUUCCACUGAGCUGAAAUCUUACCCCUUCUGUGGUUCCUUCACGUGCGACAUCAGCUACCUUUUUUAACAGCCUUUUGAAUGAUCCUCUCUCCCUCCACCUUUGAAAUAUUUCACACAGGGGAAAACAUAUUUUUGCACAGAACGAAGAUGUUUAUUUUGAGUGUGAAAUCACAUAACACAAUAACAAUGCCCCGUGCAAUGGAAAACUGAUGAAAACGUUCCCUAUUAAAGCUG